AUGGACUCCUUUUCCAAACGGGUGAAAACUUUUGACGCGUUUCCAAAAGUAGACCCCCAGCAUCAGGUACGAUCGCAAAGAGGCGGUCUUUCCACUUUACUUACAUACUUUUUUGGCUUACUUAUAUUGUGGGUUGAGAUUGGUGGUUAUAUAGGCGGGUAUGUGGAUCGACAAUUCAUUGUUGAUGAUGUUUUACGAUCUGAUUUGACUAUAAAUCUUGAUAUGAUUGUGGCAAUGCCGUGUGAAUUUCUACACACAAAUGCUGUGGAUAUCGCCGGAGACAGAUUUCUUGCCGGUGAGACAUUGAACUUCGAAGGACUUAAGUUUUUCAUCCCAUCUGGGUUCUCUAUAAAUAACCCAAACGAUUUCCAUGAAACUCCCGAUUUGGAUGAAGUUAUGCAAGAGAGCUUGAGAGCUGAAUUCAGUCAAUUGGGUCGAAGGGUGAACGAAGGAGCUCCUGCUUGUCAUAUCUUUGGCUCUAUACCAGUAAAUCAAGUUAAAGGGGAAUUCAGGAUAACAGCAAAGGGAUUAGGGUACAAAGACAGACUGUUUGUGCCAGUGGAAGCACUUAAUUUCAGCCACGUAAUACAGGAAUUUUCAUAUGGUGAUUUUUUCCCCUUUUUAAACAAUCCAUUGGAUGCUACAGGUAAGGUGACUGAGGAAAACUUGCAAAUAUACCUCUAUCAUUCAAAGGUUGUUCCCACAUUGUACGAGAAGCUAGGUUUGGAGGUUGACACGACCCAAUACUCCUUGACAGAGAAUCACCACAUCGUGAAAGUCAACCCACACUCCAAAAAACCACAAGGGAUACCGGGAAUAUAUUUUGCUUACGAAUUUGAGCCAAUAAAGUUGAUCAUACGUGAAAAAAGAAUCCCUUUCCUACAGUUUAUUGCUAAAUUGGGGACAAUCGUAGGUGGUAUUAUAGUAGCGGCCGGAUAUCUCUUCAAAUUGUAUGAGAAAUUUCUAGUACUACUUUUUGGAAAAAAGUAUGUUGAACAAGGUAAGGAAAAGAAGGAAGGAGGUUUGUUGGACAAGGAGAAUCCAAAAAUAUUGGAGUAA